AAGUUUUUGUAGGUUAUGUUUUGUGUUAUGUCAAUCGUUGAUUCUAAGUUUUUAGAUUUGAAAAAGUUACCUUUCUUGAAUAUAAAUAAAUUCUAGUAUUAUUUAAUGCGGUAAACAUAAUGAAGUCCGUAUUAAUUAAUGCUUUUAAGAGGCUCAAUCUAUCUAUAAGGCCGCAAAUUAAGGUUAUUUCUUCGACUUAUUCUACUGCAGUUACUACCCCAAAUACGUUAAGUGUAACGCAGAAAGAAUGGAAGUUUCCUCCUGUAUACACAAAACCACGCGAGGUAUGGAUCGAAAAUUUAGAUACAGUCGAAGAAAAGAAAUUAGGCUUAUUUGAGUUACAUCCGUCAGUGUACGCGGCGAUGCCUCGAAUAGACAUUAUCCACCGUAACUUUGUAUGGCAAACGAAGUAUAGAUGGGUAUCAUGGGCGCAUACGAAAACUAGAGCUGAAGUGCGAGGUGGUGGAAAGAAACCUUGGCCUCAAAAGGGAUUAGGUCGUGCACGACAUGGCUCUAUACGUUCACCGUUAUGGCGCGGCGGUGGAGUAGUUCACGGGCCGCGAUCUGGUAAAACACACUUCUUUAUGUUGCCGUUUCACUUAAGAAUUCAAGGUCUGACAUCAACAUUGUCAGCAAAGCUUGCACAAGAUGAUCUGCAUGUUGUCAACAAUUUAGAACUACCGACUGACGAACCAAAUUAUCUGGCAGAUUUAAUUGAAAACAGAAAUUGGGGUCCUUCUGUACUGAUAAUUGACGAUACUGAUAUAGCUCCAAGAAACAUAACAGUGGCAACAGAUUCACUUCCGCAUGUCAAUAUAAUGCCUGUUUAUGGUCUGAAUGUGUACUCAAUGUUGAAACAUGACACAUUAGUAUUGACUUUAGCUGCCGCUGAGAGGAUAGAAGAAAGAAUCUUACAUCACCUACACUCUAUCACAACUGAACAACAGAGAGAGUUCAAAUUAAGUCAAGUAUAAUUUAAAAUAUAAACAUACAUAUAGAUAAUCAAUAUUGUUUUAAUAAAAAAUAGCUUUUUAA